AUUUAUAAUCUGUCAUAGUCUGUUUAUAACUUUAUAAUGGCGGCUCUAUUUUUCAUUAGAACAUUAUUUGUAAUCGUAAAUAAACAAUUUUUAUACAAAAUAUAAGUGAAGUUCAUAAUAACAAUUGCCUUUUAACUUAAACAUAAAUAGCGUAUCGAUUAAAUUACAUCUUAAUCAAUUAUCUACGCGUAAUAAAUGUCAUUUAGUGGAAUAUGGAAAUACAUGAUGUCUCGAUAAAUGUGAAAAUGGACACCCAUAAUAUGCACGAAGCGCCUGUAAUACAUGACGCGAACAUUGCACACGUUAAAAUGGAUUCACAUUUACACGAACUGCCUGUAUCGCACAUACAGAUACCGUUAUCCCAACCAGCGCCUAUGGCUCAGCCAGUGGACCAAAACAUACCGCAAAAUCCUGAUCAAACAACAUCGGAGGACCUUUUGAAACCUCGAAUCGAGAAGAAGAAGAAGGAAGCAAUUGACGGACAAGCUAGAGAAAUAAUUUACAAAGUUAUUAAAUUCUUUGAAAGUGAAAAACAAAACAGAGGUUACGCGUUUCCUGUUGAAAACGUUGUAAAACGCGCUUGUGCAGCGACAGGAUUGUCAGAGAGUACGAUAAAACGCAUAAAGAGGGAAGGACUACGCGCUGAAGCUACUCAUACGAAAAUGGCCGGUCCUAAAAAGAAAAGAGUUCGCAAAACAAAGGUACAAUUAGAUUAUUUCCAACUGUGUGCACUAAGAGGCAUAGUUAACAGUUAUUCGAUGCGUAAAGAAGUUCCUACGUUAGGUAAAAUACUGGCCGCUGCUAAACAUGAACUUAAUUAUCGUGGUGGUAAAGAGUCGUUGCGGUUAAUAUUGUUAAAUAAACUAGGUAUUAAGUUUAAGAAAUGCGAGAAGAAAAACAAAAAACCGCCCGAACAAAAUCAACAGCCCAUGCAGCAAAUGCCAAAUGUUAUGGCACAUUUGCCGAUGCAACAAAUGAAACCUGAGAGUCAGUGUAUCUACACAAAUAUGAUGCCGCAGGUUCCGCCUGUCUCCUACUAAGAUUGAUCUAGAUUUUAAUACUGUAAAUAUAUAAUAAGGAUGAAUGAAGGUAUAUAGACUCUGAAUAUAUUUUACAGAUUUAAAACAUAAUUUUGAAACUCAAUUUAACAAAAGCAAUCACGACGGUCACAAUAUCUUUAUAAUAAUUUAACAAAUGUGAUAGAUCGAUCAUAAUUCUACUGUAGUGUAUACAAUAAUUGUAUGACAAUAAGAUUUUUCAUGAAUGGAAAUAAAUUUAAUGUCAUACAACGUAACACUCUGUCUGGCUCGAAAAGCUGUCUCUCUCUUUGUGGAGAAGAUUUGGAGCUAAUUCCACCACGCUGCUCCAAUGCAGGUUGGUAGAUACACAUGUGGCACGAUUUCAUUGAAAUUAGACACAUGCAGGUUUCCUUCUAAUAUUUUUCUUCACCACCAAGCUCAUGAAUUAUUAACAGAAUUUUAGCACAUGGAUAUCAGUGGCACUUGAGUUGAUUUUAACCCGUAAUCAUUGGUUUAGACUGGUUUUUAAAUAUAUUUAUUCUACAUUAUAUAAAUAUAAUAUUUAAUUAUCACAACCGAUGUAUGGAAAUGUAUGUAGGGUCAUGAUGACCUUGGAUUAUAUACAAUCAGACUUAUUAUUUACAAUUAUGAACAAGUACC